AUGCACCCAACAGAAGCAUUUCCGCUGCUUUCCAGCGACGAUAAGCUGGCCCCCCUAGGAGGGCACACGAUCACCGAGAAACCACGCGUUCGACGACGUUCAAGUGGACUUGGAGGAGAAAUCAGAGCUGGCGACACGAGCGCACCGGCAUUGGCCACUCUAGAUGUGCGACCGCCUUCUCCUGGGACCUUGAAAGCGCAAAACGAUAGGGACCAAGCCAAACCAUUCUCGAAAAGACGGAAAGCGAGAUCAUUAUUGCGAAGAUGGAAACGAUACGCGUUGAAACAUACUUGGGUGACGCCGUUGGUGCUCAUAGGAAUCUUUCUUGCCCUCUUUGCCGUCAAUCCUACCGAGUCGAAUCCUAUACACCAUUUUAUCUUCCUUUCAUACCGGAUACCAGCCGAACCAGGGACGCCUGAAGGAACACCAGAUCAUUAUGGAAAAGGUCGAUGGGAUUUGGCAUUUGUCUCAUUUUACAUCAUUGUGCUGUCCUUCACACGCGAGUUCAUCAUGCAGAAGUUCCUCCGGCCCUGGGCUAAGAACAGUGGUCUCAAGAGUCGCGCGAAACAAUCAAGGUUCAUGGAACAAAUGUACACGGCGAUUUACUUUGCGAUCUUAGGUCCUGUCGGAUUGUUCGUUAUGAGUCGGACGCCAGUCUGGUACUUCAACACUCGAGGAAUGUACGAAGGCUUUCCUCAUAAGACACACGAGGCAUACUUCAAGUUUUACUAUCUCUUCCAAGCGGCAUAUUGGGCACAACAAGCAAUUGUCCUUUCACUGGGGAUGGAGAAGCCUAGAAAAGAUUACAAGGAAUUGGUCGGGCACCACAUCACUACGCUUUUCCUGAUUGCGCUCAGUUACCGAUUUCAUUUCACAUACAUGGGAUUGGCUGUCUACGUUACUCAUGAUAUUAGUGACUUCUUCCUUGCCACUUCCAAAACGCUUAAUUACCUCGAUCAUCCUCUUGUCGGCCCUUACUUCGGUUUCUUCAUGAUCGCCUGGAUAUACCUUCGCCAUUACCUAAAUUUGAAAGUCCUAUGGUCAGAAUUCAACGAGUUUAAGACAGUUGGCCCAUAUGAGCUCAAUUGGGUGACAGAACAAUACAAAUGCUGGAUCUCACACUACAUCUCCACAGCUCUCUUGGCAAGUUUACAAGCCUUAAACCUCUUCUGGUUAUACCACAUAUUCCGAAUCGCAUACCGGUUCGUCUUUUUGAAUGCUCUGGAUGACGAUCGUAGCGACAACGAUGAGAAUGAAUUCAAUGCAGAACAGGCUCUUGAUUAUAUUCAGAGGCAAAAGCAAUUGGCUCUAGACAGCGCGUCAAAUGCAAUCGCGAGCGCUUCAUCGAAAUUGACCAAUGGGAAGACCACUUCGGCAGAGACCUAUCAAGAAGGGACGACGAAACGAAAGGCAAAUGGAAAGAAGGCUUGA